AUGGUCUACUUCUUCACUGCCAAAUCCAGUCUGGACAUCGACGACUUCGGACUCGGAGAUGACUCAGAACACACCAUCUAUAUGGGAAAAGAUAAAUUCGAGAAUGAUCCGUUGAUCCGCAAAUCUCAUCCCAAGAACCUCUGGUUCCAUGUGGACAAGCACUCAUCUGCACAUCUCUACUUGAAGCUAGACUUGGAGCAACAAAACAAGAAGUUUGAGGAGUUGAAAUUGGAUGAAGAGCUCUUGGUGCAGAUAGGCCAGUUGACUAAGGCAAAUUCCAUUAAGGCUAACAAGCUUAAUAGCAUCACCAUCAUCUAUACUCCGGUAGACAACUUGAGAACGGAUGGGCUGAUGGAUACGGGAACAGUAACAUUUGUGAAUCCACAAAAAAUCAAGAGAAUACACAUUGCCAAAAAGGACAAUGCUAUUGUGAAUAGGCUCAACAAGACCAAAAAGGAGAUUCUGACGGAGGAAUUUGUCAAGCAGCUGGAGGCGGAGUUGAUUGAGUGGAAAAGAAGCAAAAAAGACCAGGAGAGAGAGUUGGAGCAGCUGACUAAGGAACAACAGAAGAAGUUUCUUGAGCAGAAGAAGUUUAAUAAGGAUCCAUAUGCUGAUUUAUUCACCGAGGAGAAUCUUCGAGCCAGUAGUAAUGAGUUUCGGAAUGAGAACUGGGUGGAGGAUGAAUUCUGGUAG